UAAACAUCAUUAGGAAUGAAAUCGGAACCGGCUGCAGCUGUGACACAAGUUCCGCGGUGUGAGCGGCUGCCCGGUGCGCAUCUCCCGCCCGGUGCGCAGCUCCCGCCCGCUUCUGACUGCGCGUCCGGGGGGACGAGCCGGCGGGCCCGGGAGCUGCUGCGCGGCACCGCCGCUCUCCUGGGAGCGGGGACCCGCGGCUCCGCCGCCGGGAGCACAGAACACCGAGAUGAAGCGGAGCGGGGAGCAGCGGGCCGGCCCCGGCCCGUUCCCGGUGCCCGGCGGGGCCGCCCCGUUCCGGCCCCGUUCCGCACUACAGCUCCCGGCAGCCCCGGCGCGGCCGGAAGCGGCCGGUGUCGGCGGGCAGGGCUGAGCGCGGGGGAUUCGGACUCGCAGCCGGGCCGGGCCGCCAUGGCCCUGCCGCUGCCCGACCCGCCGUGGCCGGCCAGCCUGGCCUCGCUCAAGGCCCUGGACGAUCUGCUGCGCUGCGGGAUUUGCUACGAUUACUACAACAUCGCCAUGAUCAUCCCGCAGUGUUCGCACAACUUUUGUUCCCUCUGUAUCCGGCAGUCUUUGUCCUCCAAAACUCACUGUCCAGCAUGCUUCGUGGCAGCCUCGGAAUCUGACCUGAGAAAUAACCGGCUGUUAGACGACCUAGUGAAGAGCUUUAACUCUGCCAGACAGCAGCUGUUCCAGCUGGUCCAGGACACUGGGCAGACCCCGUCUCCCCCGGCCUCGAGCAGGCGCCCCGCUGGCAGCCGCCCCGCCAGGAGUCCUGGCUCGUGGCCGGUUUUGAAAGAAGAGGUGCCACCGAUCGACAGUUUCUUCAGAAAGGCAGAGGUUUGCGCCUCAACAACGGCAGACGGCCUGGCGGGAACAGUUCAGAAGAUUUUCAACACUGAGGAUCACCACAACCUGGACAGCACUGCUGCAGAGGCCGAUGGUAAAGACGAUGAGUUGGGAUCCCGAGAGAGUCCUGAAUGCACCCAAGGUCACGAAAAGCCUUCAACAUCUCUGCUGAAAGCGGUCAGGAAAGUGGAGUGUCCUGUCUGCGGGGUUGCCAUUCCGGAGCAGUACAUCAACAAGCACCUGGACAGCUGCCUGGCCAGCGGAGAGAAGAAGGACAGCCUCAGGAGCUCUGCUCACAAGCGGAAGCCUCUGGCCAAGGUGGUUUACAACCUGCUCUCUGACCGUGAUUUGAAGAAGAAACUGAAGGAGCACGGGCUGUCCACCCACGGGACCCGCCAGCAGCUCGUUAAACGACACCAAGAGUUUGUGCACAUGUAUAAUGCUCAGUGUGACGCUCUGACCCCCAAAUCGGUUGCAGAGAUUGUUAAAGAGCUGGAGAAGAAUGAGAAGGUUCGGCUUCAGCUGGAAUUUAAUAAAACCGGUGAAAAUAGCUUGACCUUCACAAAGGACCAGACAGAGGAAGAAAUAGAUGAGAUCCACACUGAUUAUCGGAACAAGCACAGAAGUGAGUUUCAGUUUCUGGUGGAUCAGGUGAAUAAGCGGUGGAAGAAAAGUGGUCUGAGGAAAAUGGAAAGUGCUGGAAACAAGGAAGAAGUCGCUGUCACAGAGUUGCCAGCAGGCGCAGGACGUGCGGAAGAGCGUCCCGCGGCCGCGGGCCUCGGGGCAGCCCCCGCGCUCGAGGCAGAAGCUCCUGGCGGCAGCGGGAGCGAGCGCGGGUCCUCGGAGCGGCCGAGGUCGGUCUCUCCUGCGCUCUCCCUGUCGUCCGGGUCAACAAGCAGCUCCAGCUCAGACAUUCUGAGAGACCUGCAGGAGCCCGAGACGUGUUCCGCGUCCUCUGGCAGGGGCAGUUCCGCGGGUCCGGGGGCCAACCAGAGGAAGCCGCGUCGGCCGCGGGUGCUGGGGAGCGAGCGGCUGCUGCCCCGGAGCAAGCGGAGGAAGAGCUGAGGCUGCGGCGGGAGCGCGGGACACGCUGCCGAGGCCCUUCCGCUGUCCGUGUGUCUGGGUGCUCCAUAAACCCUGCGUUUCCGCACAACUGUCAUUCAAACUGCCUCAAAAUAACCCGCCUGGCACGCUGGUGGCUUUUGCUUGCAGCGCUGUGGCCAUUUAACCUUGGGAUGGGGGCGAAUCGCUGGAGCCUCGAGCCGGCUCUGGGGCCGCGCGUUCCCCUCGUGUCCCGCAGGACCCCCGUGGGGCUGGGGGGCUGAGGGACGGGUGUCCUGGACUACAGAAACGUGCUUUGGUUUUCAAUAUAUCCGUGGAAACUGA